AUGUUGUGUAAACCAAUAACAUUUUAUAAACAACAUCCGGUUGAUGCAUGUCAAAUAAUUGGUAGUGACGAAGAAGACAAUAACAGCUUAUUAUCAGAUUUGGGAGAUCAAACAACACUAAUAAUAGAAGACGAAGAUUUUUUUUGUCCGUUAAUUACUGAAAGUCAUUCACAAUACGCUGUUCAUACAGUAAAUGUAACGAAAAAUAAUUUUUUAAAUUCAAUUCCACAAUCGUCAGUUGCUGAAAAUAAUCCUAAUUUAAAAAUGAUUAAUGAUAGAAAAAGAACACAUUCAGUUGAGAUUAAUAACGUAAAUGACGUACCUACAAAACAUUCAGUUACUGAAUCCAAAAUAUUAUGUGAUUGUUGUAAAUUGAUUCGUUCUGGCCGUAAUUUACCAAUAGCUCGUCGAGGACGGCCGUUCUAUUCGUCCACGAACGAUCGUGAUCGAUUUAUGUGUGGAAAAUGUAAUCAAACUUUAAUACAACAACAACAACAACUCAAAUCUUCAUUUUCAAAUUCACCAAAAAUUUUAACGGAAAAUAGUCUAUCAAUGGACUCAACGGAUUCGUCAACUAAAAAUAUUUUCGAUGAAAUUCUCGGAGGCGACUAUGCUUCUUUAUUGUCUACUAAUGAUACCGCUGCCAUCGUUGAUACUAAUAAUUUACAACAGCAACCACAACAAGAUAUAACUAAAUUAUAUGAUCACAUUGAUACUCAAAAAGAAUCAACAACAACGACUGAGCGGGAUUUACCAACAGAAAUUGAAUUUACUCUAAAUGAGACACCAAAACUGGAUAUGAACGAUUAUCAGCCGGCUCAAAUGUUAAUUUGGAAAUUGAAUGCUUCAGGUGAUGUUGAUUUAAGUUAUGAUACUAGUUCAUCCCCGUUGACAGAUGAUGAAAAAAAAGCGUUAGUUGAUGAAGCUGUUAGAAAAUUAAAUGUUGCAUUAUCAUCACACAAAACUCCUGUAGGUGAUUCCAAUGUUGAUGCCAUUGAAUUAACGUAUGCGGCAUUGAAUAAAACAAUGCAAACAUUAUCAACAAGUACAUUAUAA